ACUGUCUGGAUGCUGCUGCAAGCGUACGGUUUACCUUACCGGGCUGGACCAACCGAAGCAUCUGCCUGUGUGUCUGCCUGCCCGUCUAACAGGCUUUAUUGUUCCCCAGCGCUGAAAGUGAAGGAAAAUCUCUUUUUAAGGAUAUAACAAAGGAAGUUGAACCAUGUCUUCCAGCUCAGCAACGGUGCGCAUCCUCAUAAAGGGAGGUAAAGUGGUGAACGAUGACUUCACACAAGAAGCAGAUGUGUACAUCGAGAAUGGGAUUAUCCAGCAGGUUGGCAAGGAGCUGAUGAUCCCAGGUGGAGCCAAGGUUAUAGAUGCCACAGGAAAGCUGGUGCUUCCGGGUGGCAUUGACACCAGUGUUCACCUGAACGAGAGCUUCAUGAACGCCUGUACAGCGGAUGACUUCUACAGCGGCACCAAGGCUGCUCUGGCUGGAGGCACCACUAUGGUGAUUGGUCACGUGCUGCCAGAGAAGAAUGAAUCAUUGGUGGAUGCUUAUGAACAGUGUCGCUCUCACGCUGAUGCCAAGGCCUGCUGUGACUACGCUCUUCAUGUUGGAGUGACCUGGUGGGGACCAAAGGUUAGGGCUCAAAUGGAGACGCUGGUGCGGGACAAGGGGGUGAACUCCUUUCAGAUGUUCAUGGCGUAUAAGGAUGUGUACAUGCUGAGGGACAGCGAGCUGUUCCAGGCCCUGCAGAACUGUAAAGACAUCGGUGCUGUGGCCCGUGUCCAUGCGGAGAAUGGAGAGCUGGUUGCUGAGGGUGCCAGAGAAGCGUUGGAUCUAGGUAUUAGUGGACCGGAGGGCAUUGAGAUAAGCAGACCUGAGGAGCUGGAAGCAGAGGCCGUCCACCGAGCCAUCACCAUCGCUAACAGAGCCCAUUGUCCCAUAUAUCUUGUGAAUGUGUCCAGCAUGUCAGCAGGCGAUGUUUUAGCAUCGGCUAAAAUGCAGGGGAAAGUGGUGCAUGGAGAGACCACCACUGCUCACGCUGUCUUAAAUGGGAUGCAGUACUACCACCAGGACUGGGCCCAUGCAGCUGCUUUCGUCACUGUGCCACCGCUCAGACUUGACCCCAACACACCCAAUUACUUGCUCAGCCUUCUGGGAAAUGACACUCUGAACGUCUUGACAUCGGACCACCGACCCUUCACCACUAAACAGAAGGCGAUGGGCAAAGACGACUUCACUAAAAUCCCUCACGGCGUUCCCGGGGUGCAGGACCGCAUGAGCGUUAUGUGGGAGCGGGGAGUGGUUGGAGGCAAGAUGGAUGAGAACCGUUUUGUUGCUGUCACAAGCUCCAAUGCUGCAAAGAUCUACAACCUUUACCCUAGGAAGGGCAGGAUCAUCCCUGGAGCUGAUGCGGAUGUGGUAGUCUGGGACCCUGAAUCAACAAGGACCAUCUCUGUGACCACUCAGUGUCAGGGUGGUGAUGUAAAUCUGUACGAGAACCUGCGCUGUCACGGCGUCCCCCUGGUAACCAUCAGCCGCGGUCGCGUGGUCUAUGAAAAUGGCAUCUUCACUUGUGCUGAGGGCUCAGGAAAGUUCUACCCUCUCCGAACCUUUCCUGACUACCUGUACAAGAAAAUGGUGCAGCGGGAGAAGUGUCAAGCACUCAAGGGGGUGGAGCGCACCCCGUACACUGGAGAUGUAGCGGCAGUGCAAAAUUCUGGGAAGAAGGAACUGGGCCCUGCAGAUGGAGACAUGAAUCCACGACCCUGCACGCGCCACGGGGGAAUGAGAGACCUACAUGAGUCCAGCUUUAGUUUUUCUGGUGCCCAAAUUGAUGAUAAUGUUCCAAAGAGAGCUUCUGCACGGAUUCUGGCUCCACCUGGUGGUCGUUCUAGUGGAAUCUGGUAACAUUUUGGAUCAACACUUUUGGAUCAACACAGAAGUCUGAAACUAAACACCUACAUUUUUGACAACCUCACAUCUGAUGAACGUUAUUUAAUUUGAAUCACUUGCACCUAAACUCCAGUGUUUUUAUAAAUAUGUGUGUAUGAGGGAAAAAAACGAUAUAUUUGUGUGGAAAUUGGGAAAACAAGGUAUACGUUGGAAAUGCUUGUGACAGAGUUGGUUAUACAAAGCGUUACAGGGUGUUUUGUUCUUCAUAUCCAGUCAAAUGAAUUCGUGAAGUUUGUGUUUUAAUACAACACUGUUGUAGUGCUAAAUAAAUGACAGAUCCCUUUUACUAACAGUUUUUGUUACUGCAUAUACAGUACUUACAUAUGUUGACGUUUGAACCAUUUUAAAGAUAGAAACUGGAAAUUUGUUUAAGAAUGGGAACAUUAUUAGUCUGUGUAGUUGGUCAUGGCUUGAAAAUGUGAACCAUUGUAAAGUUAUUUAAUAUUACCUAUUUUAAUGUGUUGGCGGAUGACUAUACAUUUACCUCAGUGUUUAUCUCUUGAGUUACACUUGUGCACAUUAGCAUUCUGCCUCUCUACACAGUACAACUCUUACAGCGACACUUUCUGACAGCAGGUACAGUUACAAAACAUUUUUGCUUUGUUUUGAGGUGUUAAUAUUUGUUCUUACUUUUUUGACAUACUGAUCAUUCAAAGGCAAUAGAAGAUAUUUGAUUGUUUCUGUCAUGACACAGGCCACUUGUAUUGCUUAAGCAUUUUAAAAAGUUAUUUAUAUGAAACAUUUUUAAUUUUCUUAAUGUCGUUUAUAAGCACACGUACCUGACCUCCUAAAAUGUGAAUUAAGAAUAACAUUGUUUACUUUGUUACAUAACAAAUUUAGUUGUGUAACCAAUCUAAAACUUUAGUGAUUUUUCAUUUUUAACUAACCUGAUUUUUUUUCUCAAUCCAUUAAGUCUACAUUCCCUUUUACUGUUAUGAGUUAUUCUUCAUAACAAAUGCCAUAAUUUUGCAGUAUAUCUUUGUUUAUUCUAGAAUUAACUGUUAGCUGAACGUAAUGACAGUGUAAUUCUUCGGUUGUUCACUGAACAUUAACACUGUGUAUUAGUGACUAUUGAUCUGCAUGGUCCACAGCUAGUCAGAAAAAUUCAGCUUCACUUCUGAUCAAUAAGUUCCACAACCACUAACCAACCCUAGUUAAAAGACAGCAGACAGCUUACUGAUGCAUGUGUUCUUUUUGUACAUGUAUGUCUAACUAAGCACUUCCAUAGAGACCAUUUGAAACACAGUAACUUUAGCUGUACAACUCAGUGUUCUAGUGACACAAGCAGUAGAAUGGCAAGAACAUUUCUGUUGGUGCUAAAUAUUCAUGUAUUUUUUAUUCUGGGAUUUCAGUAUGCUUUUCAAUUUUUUUAAUAUGAGCUGUGUAUGCACUACAGUUUUAUUACGUAUUAAUGUAAUAUGUAUCUCAUGAAAAAGUGCAAAUAAACCCCAUUCAACCUCA